CAUUUCCUUGCUGUGGUCAUACUAAUUAGUGAAAAACGUGCGGUGUCGAAUUGAAAUUGCUAGGAUUUGCCGUGGUCCCGAAGGUGAUUACCAAUUAUCAACCAAAACUAGCUGGAAAACAAAGAAAAACUCAGCGAUCACGUUCCGCCCCCAACAAAAAAAGAGAGAAGAUAACAACAAACACCCACUUAAUUUAAUCAAAAAAGCGGUAAGGACAAUAAGGAGGCGAAUAUGUCCGUGAUUGGCAUCGAUUUUGGCAACGAGGGCUGCUAUGUGGCGGCAGCCAGAUCCGGUGGAAUCGAGACACUGGCGAAUGACUACAGUCUCCGGGCCACGCCCUCCUUCGUGGCCUUCGAUGGCAAGAAGCGGAUUAUCGGCGUGGCCGCCAAGAACCAGCAGGUGACAAACAUGAAAAACACAGUUGGCGGAUUUAAGCGCCUGCUCGGACGCAAAUUCAAUGAUCCCCAUGUACAACACGAACUCACGAGCAUUCCAGCGCGAGUGGAGUCGCGCAGCGACGGCAGCAUCGGCAUCAAGGUGAACUACCUAGGCGAGGAUCAGCAUUUCAGUCCGGAGCAGCUGACCGCAAUGCUUUUCACCAAACUAAAGGAGACCUCUGCGGCCGCUAUGCAGACACAGGUUAAUGACUGCGUCAUCGCCUGUCCCGUCUUCUUUACCAACGCAGAGCGAAGGGCUCUUCUUGAUGCCGCUCAGAUCGCCGGACUGAAUGUCCUGCGACUUAUGAAUGAGACGACGGCAACGGCGCUGGCCUACGGUUUUUACAAGAACGAUCUGUUCGAGGACAAGCCGCGCAACGUGAUCUUCGUCGACUUUGGGCACUCGUCACUGCAGGCCAGUGCCUGUGCCUUUACCAAGGGCAAACUAAAGAUGCUAGCCAGCACCUGGGACCAAAUCGGUGGACGCGACUUUGACUUAGCCCUGGGCGAUUAUUUCGCUAAGGAGUUCCAGGAACGAUACAAGAUCAACGCCAAGACCAAUGCUCGUGCCAAUCUGCGUCUGCUAACCGAAAUCGAGAAAUUGAAGAAGCAGAUGUCGGCCAACAGCACCAAACUGCCGCUUAACAUCGAGUGUUUCCUGGAUGACAUUGACGUCUCAUCCUCUAUGCAGCGCUCCCAGAUGGAGGAGCUCUGCGCUCCCGUAUUGCAGCGCGUCGAACAGACGUUCAAGCGCCUGCUAGCCGAGUCGAAGCUACAGCUGGACGACAUUCACUCGGUGGAGAUCGUUGGCGGUAGCUCUCGCAUUCCAUCCGUGAAGCAGCUUAUUGAGCAGGUCUUUAACAAGCCAGCGAGCACAACUCUGAACCAGGAUGAGGCUGUGUCUCGUGGUGCAGCCCUUCAGUGCGCCAUUAUGUCGCCGGCCGUACGCGUCCGUGAAUUCGGCGUCACCGACAUUCAGAACUACGCCGUAAAAGUGCUGUGGGACAGUGAGGGAUCGGCCGCUCCGGGAGAGAUUGAGAUCUUCCCGCAGUACCAUGCAUCGCCGUUCAGCCGCCUGUUGACAAUCAACCGCAAGGGACCGUUCAACGUUUCGAUUGUUUAUGGCCAACAGGUGCCAUAUCCGGAUCAAACCAUUGGCGUGUGGAAAGUCAAGGAUGUUAAGCCAACGGAGCGCGGAGAGGGCCAGGAUGUGAAGCUGAAGGUGCGCAUUAACAACAAUGGCAUCGUGCUGAUCUCCUCGGCCACUUUGGUGGAAAAGAAAGAGGCAGAAGAGGCUGGCGAGCAGGUUGCCAGUGAGGAGAAGCCCGGCGAGCAAGCAAACAACACUGGCGAACCCGCAGAUGGUCAGCAGGAGGCAUAUUGUGAGAAUGAGGAUGAUAAUAAUACAUCAACAGCCUCAUCACCUGGCGGACAAGGGUGGGCACAGCGGGUCAAGGGCUGGUUUAGUUCGGGCGCUGAUAAAAAGAAAAAAGCCUCCAAGGCCACCGAGUUGCCGCUGGAGUGCACAACUCACGGUUUUAGCCCAAUCGACCUGGGAAAUUACACGCAGCAGGAGUCCAAAAUGAUUGGCAACGAUCAAAAGGAAACGGAACGUAUCGACGCUAAAAAUGCAUUGGAGGAGUUUGUUUACGAUAUGCGCAACAAACUGCAGGGUGGACCUUUGGAGCGAUUCGUUGUGGAGGCAGAGCGCGAGGCUAUUGUGGCUCAGUUGAAUGAUCUCGAGAACUGGCUUUACGAAGAUGGAGAGGACUGCGAGCGCGAGACUUACACUAGCCGACUGCAGGCACUUCACCAAAAGACGGAUCCUAUCAAGCUGCGAGCCAACGAUUAUGAGCAGGGCCCGGCUGCCUUUGAUGAGCUGAAGAACAGCAUUGCUAUUGCCCGCCUGGCGGUGGCCGAGUUCCGUAAGGGUGUGCCCAAGUACGAUCACCUGACGGAAACCGAGUUUAUCAACAUUUCGGAGACUGCUGACAAGGCGCAAAAGUGGUUGGAUGGCAAUUUGUCAAAGUUCACACAGUCGCCGCGCACCGCCGACAGUCCCGUCCAGGUUUCUGCUGUGCGCCAAGAGGUGCACACCUUAAAUGCAUGCGUCAGUUCGGUAAUCAACCGGGCGAAACCAAAGCCAACUCCGGCCAAGACAGCGACACCGCCCAAGGAUGAGGCGAAUGCGGAACAAAACGGUGGCGAGCCAGCUGGCAAUUCCGGCGACAAAAUGGACGUGGACAAUGGUGCCCAGAGCGCGCCAGGAAACGAUCCCUCCAUGGAUGUGGAGUGAGCAGCACCGCUUCAUCCGCAAUCCGGUUGUUCCCGGCUAUCAACGGUAUUGGCUAACGAUUAAUGAUAAUGAAUAUAAUUAUAACAAUAACUUAAACGGUAAACAUAUAUGAAAGAACAUUUGUAUAUGCACUUGCUUCAGGACUAGCAGAGAAAAACCAACCAAAAUCAAUACAACAAACAAAAUGCAACCAAUCUACAUGUGUAAGAAUUAUUUGAUCAAGUAAAACUGCAGCCGCUGGUGGAUCCAUAAAACGAUAAAUGGAUGCGGGCGAACAAUAGUAGCAAAAACAAAAAGUACGAGAGAAGAAACAUCUUACACGUCUACUGCUGCUGCUGCUGUGUUUAUAAUGCAAAACGAAACAGAAACAACCCUAAAACAAUUUCUAAUCGACCAUUUUUCAUAUAUUUGAAUAACAAAAUCAACAAGCGACACUAAAUGAAUGGAAUUCAAAUAAUCAAAUAAAAACAAAGAUGAUUCCAACUAAA